UUAUUCAUAGCACUGUUUUAACUUUGUGUGAUUCGUGAGUUUAGUGAAGUUUGAAAAUUGUUGUAAAUAUGGAAAACUUUCUAUUUAUGGUGUGAAAAAACUUCUUGACGAUGAAAGCCUCAAAAUACACCCAGGCCAACAGCCCCAUCGACAACGAAUACCGAGACUACCAGAACAUAGAGGUAACGAGAUUCUCCGGCGAGGAACGGAACAAAAACAUCGUCAACUAUCCGAGGGAUGAAAUAGCAACCGAAGAUACGACGACGCACUGUCACAACGCGAACACCAGCUCCGAAUUCCUGCUGAAGAGCAAUUAUGACCCCUUCAAGACGCCAGAAAACGAACGUUCUCGCUUCGAGGGCAACGCCAACGCGGGCCCCGUCGAAGACCUGGAAAUGAUGUGCAAUUGUGCCAUUAAAGACGUUGUGUUUCCGCUGAAAAACAGGUUCCGGGACUCGAACAGCGAGCAGAACUUGGUGUUGAACAGGUCGUUCACCUCAAUCCCGAAGCUGGAGAGCGCAAAUCUGAGCCAAUACAGCCUGGAUCGGCGGACAGGUAAAUUCCACGGUAACCGGAAGCAUAUGUAUGGUAAUGAGCGCGAGUAUGGGCAGAAACUUCCGCAGAGAUUCCACGACAGGAAUGUCAUGACGAUGAAGAGGAUACAGUCGCCGGAGAUCAUAAACAUACACAGAGGGCCGAAUAGUUCUAUAAUUUAUGACGGUUAUGAAAGUGAACAUUGCUCGAUGAAGUCGUGUGGUCGAGAAAAAGAUGGCGGGUGUGAUGAUUAUGGUUUCCAGAGGCAGAGGAGCUUCAGGGUGCCUUCGAGGUCCGAUGUCAAUCACACCGGCACCGUCGGUCAUCCGAGACGGCCUCCUGGGGACGGCAUGGUCCAAGAAAUGGAGGACCCGGAGCAUCUCUUCGGACUGACGGACCAGCUAGCCGAAUGCCAUUGUCCGUACGAACGAAUGCUGUACACGCCCGGAUUCACGACGUGCUUACAGGACGAACAUGCAUUUCCACCGGCCCCGGACGUGACGAGGCGAAUGGCGACUCCCACAUCGUUCGGGAAACUGGAACCCGGAGCCUCGCCGCCCUACUAUAGGGCCAAUUCAGCCACCAGCUCGACCUCCAAUUCCGCAAAAAUUGAGAUGUCGACCCGCCACUGGUACAUCAUAAUCAUAGUUCUACUAUUCGCAGCGGCGGCUGGUGUUGGUGUGCCCAUAGCCUUAAAAAUAAGCUCAAGUGCCUCAUACGAUGAGCGUCUGGAGUUCGCGACCAGACUUUUACAGGAAGUGCCUCUGAUAGACGGUCAUAAUGACCUUCCCUGGAAUAUUCGUAAGUUCCUGCACAACAAACUGAAAAAUUUCAAGUUCAAUGAGGAUCUUCGACAUGUCUCGCCUUGGUCGACGAGCUCUUGGAGUCACACAGAUCUACUCAGAUUGGAGCAGGGCAGAGUUGCAGCUCAGUUUUGGGCGGCAUACGUUCCUUGCGACGCCCAGUACAAAGACGCCGUACAACUGACUCUCGAACAAAUCGACGUCAUCAGGCGAUUAACGGAGCUCUACCAUCCCAGAUUGGCCCUUUGUACUUCGUCAGAAGAAAUUAUGAGAGCGCACAAAGACCAAAAGCUCUGUUCCUUAAUAGGGGUUGAAGGUGGACACUCUCUUGCUGGUAGUUUGGGAGUGCUCAGAUCUCUUUAUCAUAUAGGAGUACGAUAUUUGACACUCACGUCAACCUGCAAUACUCCUUGGGCAGACUGUUCCCUCGCCGACAUGCCAGGGAGGAAGCCGGAACACGGGGGCUUAACGGCCUUCGGGAAGACGAUAAUCAAAGAAAUGAACCGGCUGGGGAUGAUAGUCGACCUGUCACACGUGUCCGUGGGCACCAUGAGAGAUGCUCUAGACGUUUCGAAAGCUCCUGUCAUCUUCAGUCACUCCUCUGCGUACUCACUCUGCAAUGCUUCGAGAAACGUGAACGAUGAGACAUUGAAGAGAAUCGCUUUGAACCGGGGGAUUGUGAUGGUCAAUUUUUACUCCCGUUUUUUGACAUGUAGUGAUACGUCAACUGUGGCAGACGCCGUUGCCCACAUAAAUCAUAUAAGAGAGGUUGCUGGGGUGGACAACGUAGGACUGGGGGCAGGAUACGACGGGAUUAACUACGUUCCGCAAGGACUAGAAGACGUAUCCAGUUACCCUAAUCUCUUCGCCGAGCUCAUUGGUACGGGAAAGUGGAAUGUGGAAGACUUGAAAAAACUAGCCGGAUUGAAUUUCAUUCGCGUAUUUAGGGAAGUGGAAAAAGUUAGGGACGAAUUCAAAAAAGCAAAUGUUCCUCCUUAUGAAGAUGUCAUGAUGCCUAGACCCAAAGACAACAAUUGCACUUCACAAGAACACUUUUGAUUUGUAUAUUCCCUAAUAGUGAUUCUCGUGUAUUUAUACCAUGUUUAAGAUGUUUAAAUAAUGGUGAUUGUUAGGUGUUUUUUAUAUAUGUAAGUUAAGUAAAUAUUACGUUAAAACCAGAUGGUGAAAUACAAUUUCUAUUGCAAUGUCUCAAAUU